AUGGGAGACAUCCCAUUUUCAUGUCCAGACGACUAUCAUUACAGUUCAUCGUUGAUCAAAACUACAUGCCGAGUUCGUCUGGCAAAUUUAAUUUCAAUGUGGGCGCUUGCUGUAGUUUCAAUAGUUUUCGUUCUUGCAGUUUUUACUGAUAUGUUACCUAAACCAAAAGAUAGAAUUGAACCUGGAAAAGGAAAUGUACCACAAAGAUUUAGAAAAGAAAGAAAGGAGAUUGACGAGGAACGAAUUGCGACUUACAUAACUUCUGAUUAUUAUAAGGCUUGUCAACUUCGUGCUGCAAAUUUUAUUGUAAUGUGGAUAUUCUUUGGGUUGUUUGUAAUGUUAACAAUAUUUAUUCCUGCGGCAUUAUUUCCGCAUGAUGAACUUGAACGUGAAAAAAAUCAACAUAAACAGGUCGAUAUUCUUAGUUUGUGGACUGAUUGUGGACCAAGAAAAGCAAAAAAAGUGUAUAAAAGCUAA